GAGAAGAGGGAUGUUUCCUCAGUGUGUGCUGUGGUGUAGGGGCUGCUCCCUCAGCAGAUCCCAGCUCAGUCCGUCAAGAGCAGCGGCGGGGAUGAGCGCUGGGGACUAGGCGGCAAAGCAACAACGCAUUUCACAGUGAUGGCCUCCGCUGCGCAGCUGUGCCGGUGAUCCUGCCGCUGCAUGUAGGGAAGAAGCAGAGACGCCUUGACAACCGACCUACCUUUCUCUCUCUCUCUCCCCAAAAAAAUAAAAGGCUGAGAGAGGGAAAAAAGAAAACACACCAGCAUAAACAAAUGCGACCAUGUACAGCGUGGAGGACCUCCUCAUCUCUCAUGGAUACAAGCUGCCCAAGCACACCACCCCUUCCUCCACCCCUACCCCAGCCCCCGCGUCCACGUCCCGCCAGGCUCCCUCGUCCUCACCUCCGUCCUACAGCAAACACCAUGAAAUCCUAGAGAACAGACCCGGCCCCAGGGCAGUAAAUGGCUAUGAAAGAGGGCCCGGGAUGCCCUUUGGAAAUGGUGGCGGAACCAGGCCGCCCCAAGCGUACGCCAGCGGCUGUCCGAACAACAACAACAAUGAACCUAGGGACAGAAGCCUUUCCAGGCGGGAGGGCGAGGGCCGGAGCCAAAUGGACACCCACUCCUUGGGGGAGUCGCUGACCUCGGACAGCGGGUUCUGUGACGGCACCAGAGGUCCUCAGGCGCAGUCCAAGGAUGUGUCUUACUGGAGGAGGAGAGGCCAGGACUUCACUGUGCUACUGGACUAUGCAGAGCCCCAUGGAGGGGGCCAGGGGGGUUGCAGCAGGCCAGAGGGGGCUCAGCAAGCAAGAGGCCAAGAGCUGUCUGCAGAGGAGCGUCAGAGAGCAGCUCAGGAGAGGCAUCGCUGGGCAGCCCAGGCCCAGGCUCAGGUGCAGGCUCACGCCCAGGUCCAGGCUCAUGCCCGCUCUAGAGAGAGGGAAGCUGCUCUCCAUCAGUGGAGAAUGGCGAGUGAGAGGAAGUGUCAGAGCCUGGGGACAGAUGAAUGGCGUCCAGCUGUGAGUUUUAGUCGCCAGCUGUCCCAGAGUGAGGGUGAGCGCUGGGCACUUGAGCAGCAACGACUCCAUGCCAGGACACCAGAGGGUAUGGUAGUCCAUCCAAGGACCAAAGCCAAAUCCCAGUCCCUGCCUAGGAUGCUGCAGCCGGAGAGCCUGCAAUUCGUGGACAUAGACCCGUCCAGUCUGGAACUGUACAGACGGGUCAAUGGCCACCCAGUAUCCCACCAUGACUUUUACAGAGCACCCCGCUGGCCGGAGAAUGGCAGGCCGGCUAGCGCAAACCAACUCUCAAUGACACCAAAGCCCCGCUUCACGAGACCCCCCAGACCUCCCUCUUAUGAGAUGCACCAGCAGAUCAGGGGAAGCUGUGAGAUGUUGUCUGGGAGAGACUCUGUGAUUUCCCAUGCCAGGGACAGAACGCCACUUCCAAUACAAAGGAUAGAUGACGCUCAACUGGACUUUUUUGGACAGGACUCUGGACCUCCAGGAUACAUCGCGCCCCCAUCUUACAGAAGAGCUCCUUUGAUGGCAGGGGGGUGUCGGGGAUAUGGUGAAAUUGCUGUUGACUACAGGUACAGAGGGGAUAUGUACCAGCAGAUACAAGUGGCUCCAGAUGGAUCUCACUGGUUCAGACAUCCAGCUGGUUCCUGGCCUGAUCACCAUAGAGAAAGGAUCCUUUCUAGCCAGAAGCAGCUUUACCCCGUGUAUAUGACCCAACAGCGCCCUGGUGGAGGGAUUCAGUACAUCCCCUUUGAUGACCCCCGCAUCCGCCAUAUUUCCUCAGCCCUGGGUGGCAACUCCCUGACGGACGCUGACAAGAUCCGGCACAUCCGCAACGAGCUUCCCAGCGUCACCGUGUCGGAGCCUGCAACUAGCGACAGUGCCUUUUUGCCCCCGCCAUUGGGGCCUUUCAUCUCAGCCAAACUGGCCGAUGAUACCAACCUGACAUCCUCUAGGGACUUUGACAAUGACAAUAACAGGUGGCACAGUGAUUUGCACAAAGAGGCGGUUGAUAACUUCCCAGCAACUGACCAAAACUGCAACAACAGAUACCCAAAAAACCAACGUCCUCCUCCAUCUCCCUCUUCAGCCUUCCAGGCCCCAAUAGCAAGAAGUUCUUCUCGACAGGGGUCCAGCUCAGAUAAGGUCUUUUCAGAAACCAUCACCCAAGUAAAAAAAAUUGUCCCACAUUUAGGGCCAGAGAACACAAAGAGAAGAGUAAGUGAGACCAUCUUCUGCCUUGUGUCUGUCCCUGUUCACACACCGACUAACAUUAGCAAAGACUUAGCGGCAGACCAGAACAACAAUGAGACGAUACCAAGCCUGACUGUCAGCAACAAAGACAUAUUCGCUGUAGGACUCAAGGAGAGCCCCAAUGUGCGGAGCAAGUCAGUGAACGAGAUGCCCAUAAAACCCCACUACUCUCACUUUCACACCAGCAGCUCGUUCUCAAUGAGGAACUACAAGAGAGCUCCUCUAAGGAAGGAGAUAAUAGAUGCCUGGGCACUCCAAGCCAGUCAAGAUAAAGAGUUGUGCUACGCUGGGUCCUGGCCUGGAAACCAGUACCGGAACCAGGAAACUCAGACUGGCUCACCUCUGACGGUAGUAAAAAGUCCAGAACACAAAAGUCCUCCUGGGGGUCAAGAGCCUGUUCAGUCUGCCUCAGACACAACUACUGACAGUGGUCUAGGAACAGACAGUAGUUCUGCGUAUGGUUACCCCAUGGCAGGCCAGAAAAACCUACAUCCCUCUAGUAACAGCGCCUUCUCCCGUCUCAGCCUCAGCCCAACACAGCAGACAUACCUUGAACCCUCACGAGACCCUUUACUCCAAACAAAGACCCGGGAUCAGGCAGAGCAGCCAUCUUCCCCGAAGAAGAGCACCUCCAGUCCCCUGGAGGAUGAAGAGCAAGUGACCUUUGGUCAGUUUCUCUUAAAGCCAGUGAAUCGGCGACCCUUCGAUGCCAUUGGUGAACUGGAGACCAUCAACAAGGAGAUGGAAGAAACAAUCAGCAAGAGACCCAAUGCGGGUCAGUGCAUUGACGAUCUAGAUGGGUUGAAUAAGAGAUUAGACGUACAUUCAGGAGCACAUUUCACUGCUGGUCCAGAACCAGGCAGAGAAGCAAUCAGUCUUCCAGCAAUGCACACAGAAAAACCCAAUAGUAUAAAAGUCAGAUCAAAGUCCAUGGCUUCCACCCCUGAUUUGGACUCACUGGACUUGAAGAGUGCUUUCUUCAGGCCACAGGCCAAUAACAUACCACCAACUAAUGAACUACCCAUAUUCUACAACCCUGACCCCAAUGAUAGUUGCAUCCAGCCCUCACUACCAAAACACAAUGAGUCAAGCCGGUUUUAUAAACAGGAUAUCCCAGUCCCUCAAGAGUCCUUGCUGAAAGAUGUGGGAUUAACUGUCUACACAGAGACUCCCGGUGGUCCCGGGGAGCCAAUGCAACGCUCACUCUCAGUCCCAUCUCCACUUGGUCAUAAGGAGCUAAGUCAGUCAAUGCAGCUCUCGUUGGAGAGCAGGACAGCACUUGUUAAAAAUAGCAGUAGCCCUGAGCACAAAUCCAAUAAAGAACGUCAAGCUCAGGUAAAAACUGAGAGAAAGGCUAAAUCACCACCAUUCAGGGGUGAUGUGAAUUUAGGCAUCUUUAGAACCAGGAGUGAAAGCAGUGCAUCACCACAGAAAGAGCGUUCAUCAUAUAUCAACAGGCUGAACAGGGAAGUUUCUUUUCUGUUGAGGGAUAAUGGUUUCAUUGGUAGAAAUGCCCUUUCUCCGCCUCUGAACUACAAGAAUGAGUCAACAAUGGCAGAUAAGCACCUGGAGAACUUACUUAAUCAGGAGAAAGCCAAUUCUUUACCUACCGAAGACCUCAGCAAGCUGUAUGAGGUCAAAUUUGGAGAAGGUAUCCCUGAAAAUGAGUCCAUCGAGCAGAGGGCUGCCAGGAUCCUGGGUAUAGCAGUUCCUGUGGAGGCCUUGGGUGUGGCUGACAAACUUUUAGAGGACAACCAAAAUGGAAUGGAAUCCACUGUAACCGAGAAACUACAAAACCAAAGCGAAGAGCCACAGCAGUUGAUAGGAGAGUAUAAGCAGGUCCAACAUGAGCCUGUGAUUGUCCAGGGAGCAGAGCAUGAGCAGGUCCAACAUGAGCCCCUGAUUGUCCAGGUAGCAGAGUUUGAGCAGGUCCAAGAUGAGCCUGAGAUUGUCCAGGGAUCAGAGCAUAAGCAUGUCCAAGAUGAGCCUGAGAUUGUCCAUGGAGUACAGUAUGAGGAAGUCAAAGAUGAGCCUGUUAUUCUCCAGGGAGCACAGCGUGAGGAAGUCAAACAUGAGCCUGUUAUUCUCCAGGGAGCACAGCAUGAGCAGGUCCAAGAUGAGCCCCUGUGGGAGGGAGCAAAGGCAGAGGAGGUCAAGGGGACAGGUUCAGAAGUGGACCUCCAAGAAGGAUACAAACAAAAGCACAGCAGCAACCACAGUGAUGGUGAGGACAACCAGGAAGCUGAGAUUCAGUCCCUGGUGAUACUGGACCUGCCCGAGUUUCCACCUAACAAGCUUCCCCUCUCCCUUGCCGUAACAUUUGAUGAUCAGCUUAGCAUUUGCAGUGUAGAGAAGAAAGGGCGAAGUGGGACAUGCAAACUAAUCGAAUCCUUGCACGAUAAGCUAAAUUCUUCCGCUUCUUUAUCUUCUACAUCUUUGCGCAUGUUAACUCCAGAAAGAAGGGCCCGUCUGAAAGAGCUGGACUCAGUAUCUCGAAUAAGACGCCUCAGCCUCAAAGGUUCGGAGUCUGGGGAAGAAAUUGAUUCUAAAGAACUGGACGGUGACAGAGAGGAGAGUGAGGUCCAGGAAGUGCCAAAGGAGCACGUUGUAGAGCAACAAGCGGAGGAAGAAGAUAAAAAGCUCCAGGAAGAAGAAGGGAAUGUAGAGGAGAACCCAGAUGAACAUGAGAAUGCACAUAAAACACAUGACAAGUUGGGAGAUCCUGAAGAAGAUUGUAAACCUAAAGAAGAAGUGAAUGAAAGGAUGUGUCAGGAAGAGCAAAGACAUGAAGAAAAGACAGAAGAGAUGAAUGUUGAGAUUGCACUAAAACUAGAAAAUGAAGGGAGUGAAGAAGUACAUGUUGAAUUAAAAACAGGAGAGCCAGAAGAGAAGAUGGAGCAGAAAAUUGUUGAGGAUUGCAAAGAAAAGCCUUUGGAGAAGGUGAGGGAGCAACAGAAUACAGCGGAGGUCAGAAGAGCUGAGGCAACACAAGGCGCCAAGGUGAAAAAGUUGCCCAAACCAAAGCAGCGCACAAAGCUGCAGAAGCCUCCUCUGCUUCCUAAACCUCGUAGUGUUCCCAAAAGAGAAAUAACACUGCCUGUCGGCUUCAACACUGGGACCCGUGGCCCCUCAAAUAUGGAGGAUGAGGAGAAGCACUCUAUCUCAGACUCCUACGACCCCAGUCGAGUGGAGAGAGUGUAACCUCUGACACUGCCUUCACAACAGUGGGAAUCUGUAUUUCUCAAGUUAACAGCUUUUUCCAACAACAAAGGUUUUCAUCACACCUCGCGGCUUAGUGAGCUGUAACCCCUUUCAAUAUUGUUACGCUUUACUUCUCAAAGAACUGACUGUCCUGGUGCUGCGAGAGCAUUUUUACAGCCAAAUAAGAAGGCAUUGUCCGUGCCAAUUCUCCGGGCCUUUUCAACCUCGACAUCCUCGUCCUUCCAUUUUCUCCACCUUUCCAAAAGUUUAUUUGCUCAAACAAGCGGACUUCCUCCUUUUGAAGUUGUCUUAUUUUGCGUUUGGAAAAUGCAUGUCAUUAUUCCCAUGUGCACUUUGGCUCCAUCUCGAGCUCGGGUGUUGAAAUAUGAAUGUAAAAGUGUUUAUGCUCAACAUACAAAAGAAAUGUAACGGAAAAAAUACAACAACGGGAAGGCAACAGUAUUGCAUUACAAUCAGUAUUAACCUACACCAAAUGUAAAUAAGAAAGAGUUUUAAGAUUUUAUUAAGAAUAUAAAAGAAAAAACAAUUUAAGUCAUUAAAUUGCUGGAGAAAUGUAUAUUUUCUUAUCUAUGUUAAGAAAAGACUAGAUUUUUGGAAUUGUGGUCUUUGUGUGUAAUACUAAUAAUAAAACCCCCUGUUCUUUAUUCUUAUACUUGUGUGAUAGAGAAUGUACUCAGAGAGCCUGGAUUGCAAUGAUAAACACUGUGGUCCUUGAAUAGUUUCACUAAGAGCAAUAUAGUUGUCGUAUACGGGAUAUUUGUGACAUGAUUUAAGUAGUAAAUCUCCAUUUCGAGGAGCUGAUCUCAUUUAAGUGUCUGCUUUAGAGCUCUAGCGUUUGGUAUAAGAGUUAGGUUUGCAUUGCUGAGAUUAUUGGCUUUACGUCACCAGUGAGCACCUGAUAAUCUCUUCAAAUACUCCGAGAUUACACUCAGAGGGAUUCAUGUUGUCGCCCUCCUCCGUCAGUCUCAGCACCAGCAAUCGCAACUUGUAUCGGAAACGUUUCAGUGUUAUUUUUGCUCAUCCUGUUGAAUAAGAAAACAUAUAUUUUGUGGCAUUAACAGAAGUCUAUAUUUAACCGUUGAGUUCUCCUCUGUUCACAUCUUAGUCCAUAUGUGAUUUCAGAAGUGCUUUUUUGCAGGAAGUGAUAGAUGUAGCUAUAUUGAUCGGAGUGUGCCUUGUACACACUGUUUCUGUGAACUCCAUUUGUGUGUAACACAUCCAGUAUCGUCCGUUUACAAAUCUUAAUUUAAACUGGACAUCAUUCUUUAAGCGAAACUUUUACAGUUGUUUUGGCAAUAAAAACAAUAUUCAGCUGAAGAAGCUUAAUAUUAAUGCUGUAUAGAACAGUGCUGUUGGAAUACUAAUCACAGUAUCUGAACAUGUUCAAUAGUGUAAUGUUGACAUAUCAGUGCUUUUGUGUGUUGUGGGCAUAACUGGCAGUUGGUUUACACUCACUUCACUUAUGGGGUAGCAAUACAAUAACAUUUAAAAACGUACCAAACAAUACUUUAUGCUAUGCAUUGGACAUCCACAUUUACUGGGUUUAAUACCAAAAUUCAAAGCUAAACUGUAACUUCUGGUUUGCCUGUUUGAACCUGUCACUCUUUGAUCCAGUAUUUGAUGUUGAUCUGGUCGUAGACGUAGCUGUGACUGGAGUUUGUCAGUGGAAGCUCAGUGCGAGGUUUUGUCUCUGUCCUGUUUCCAACCCAGUACCUGUACCUCUGUGUUGCAGGUAAUGUGUUAUCUGGUCAUUCUCGUAGGUCUUUUUGUACUGCAAGUUCUUUGUAACAUGAUAUAGACUAUUGGUGCACAUCAUGCUUUGAUAUUUUCUAUUUUCAUACAGAAGUAUGUACAGCUUCUUUUGUAUGUGUGGCAUCUUUCUUUCUCUUUUUUUUUUGUGCAUGAAAUGCGUAAGACGUCACAGAGAGAAGGUGUGUUUGCAUAUAAUUGCAUUUGGUACUAUAUAGUCUAUCCAAUAAACAACUGUUAUAUUUCAUAUAAUGUAUAUUUUAUUUUCAAAAAGUUAUACUACAUAUUUAAAACAGAACAAGGUAUUUUUAGAUUAUUGUGAAAAGGGAACUGUUUUUGAAGGCACAAUAUUUGUCUAUAUUUGAAUGAUCAUUGAGAGUGAUCAGAAAUAGAGACAAGUGUGUGCUAUUGUACAGUACUGCAGACUGUUCAUAAAUAAAAGUCUUUGCAUGAAA